GAGACAUCGCGGCAUUGGUGCCCUGCUUGCCGUGAUCGCUGCUUUCGGCUCAGUCUCCGCCGAGAUGCGACGAUGCGACGAUGCGACUUUGACAGUUUGUUAGAAGGGGCAAAGUAGAUUAAAGACUCAAUACUCAUGGCAAUAACUCAGGCUCAUAAGCCCAGUUAUGAAGUCAGCUGCAGUCUUUCCGAUCACAUUCUUGUCUUUUGAGGUUGUUCAGCAUUUACCACCGAUAUCACCGGUCAUUCCAGUCAAAACUUAUUAAAGCUCCAAAAUGAGAGUCAGCCAAACUUUGACAAUAUUCGCCGCGGCAUUGACGGCCGUCUCCGCUGUUCCUUUGACUCCAUUUGGCGCGCUACAGACGCGCGAUGACAAGCCGCCAUACUUUCUCUUGACCGGCGAUUCCACCGUUGCCAUCGGCGGAGGUUGGGGAAAUGGUUUCCUCUCAUUUGUUGAGUCGCCCGCCGAUGGAAAGAACUACGGCAAGAGCGGAGCGACCACCGUGUCUUUCCGGGCUCAGGGUAUCUGGGAUACCGUGAUUGGCGAAGUUGAAGCCAAUAAAGAUGCGUUUAGCCCGAUUGUCACGAUUCAGUUUGGUCACAAUGACCAAAAGGCCGCGGCGAACAUCUCUGCCGACCAGUUCCAAGCGAACUUGGAGAAGUUGGCUAACGAAGUCACGGCUGCUGGCGGAAUCCCCAUUUUGAUCACAUCACUUACACGCCGCACAUUUAGCGGCGGCAAGGUCAUCCAGAACUUGGAAACCGAGCGCCUCAGAGCCAUCGCCGCCGCGGAAGCCGUGGGUGCGACGUACCUUGACCUCAACACCGCCAGCACCAACUACAUCAACGCCAUCGGAAACGAAAACGGGCACAAGUACGACCUUGCUUCGGGCGACUCCACGCACCUGAACUCCGCUGGAGAAGUCGUCUUUGGUCGCCUUGUUGCAGAUCUUCUUCUCGAGAAGCGGACUGAUCUUGCCGUUUAUAUUAGAGAGAACAAGGCCCUUAGCGACAAAAUUAAGGCUGGAGAAUUUGCGACGGGCGAUGAGACUGAUUAAGUCUUGUGGGCGUCUAUCUCCAUCAGGUACAAUGCAUUUGAGUAUUGGUGAACAAAGCCCAGCAUAUAGCCGAAUACGUGUAUAUAGAUGUGGAAAAGUGGUAAUUCUAGCUACCUAGUACAGUGUACAUACAAGUCAAGGUUGAUAUGAAUUUCGGGAGAUACUGUUUCA